AUGCAUUUCAUCAAUAGUCUACAAUGGCAAAUGAAAGUAUCGUCACAUUUCUUACGUUACCGAGAUAUUGGAGCACAAUGUUUAGGUAUUGCACUACAACACAAUAAAACACUCACUACACUGAAUCUUGCAUAUAAUGGAAUUCGAGAUGUUGGAGCACGAAAUUUGAGUAAUGUAUUACAACACAACACAACACUCACUACAUUAAAUCUCGGACGUAAUCAAAUUAAGGAAGCUGGAGUACAACAUUUGGGUAAUGCAUUACAAAAUAAUACAACACUCACCACAUUAGAUCUUCAUGGAAAUAAAAUCGGAGAUGUUGGAGCACAUCAUUUGGAUAAUGCAUUACGACGCAACACAGUAAUUCUCGCUGUCUCAUUAGCUGUAUCAUGUCUUUAA